CCGUCCCGCUGCCUGCCCCGGCGGCCGUUGCGCCUCGAGGAGGAGCCGUUGCCCGUCCCGCCGCGCCGCUUUGCCCCGCGCCCGUCGACCCCUCGCCUGAGAGCCCGCCAGAGUACCUGUCAUCCCUUCGUGGUCGGAUUGCUUCAUGGUCCACAGUGCUGAUGUGCUUAAGUAGCCAAAGAUGAGUCGUGGAUUUUCAGAAAACAAUAACUUUCCGUAUGACAACAAUCAAAUGGUUUUGGAUAUGAUCCUGUGUUCCCUAAUUGGUGUUCCUCAGCCUAUCAACUGGGACAGUGUGGCAAGGCUAGUUCCAGGAUAUACAUCCAAAGAGUGUGCAAAAAGGUUUGAUGAACUAAAAAGCAGUGGAAGUUCACCUGUUGACAACCAGUAUAAUCCCCUGAUGGCCGCUGGUGGGAGUCCUGUGGAAACUUUAGCUACGUACAUCAAAUCCUCCUUGCUCGAUACACAGACAGAGUUUCAGGAGCCUGCUAUUGGGCAGGAUUCCAUUACUAUAACUGGAAGGCCCAGCACAACCUCCACAAGGAGUUGUUCUUCAGAAUCUGAGAAAGGUCCGGUGCAUAAAGGUGGAGAAAGCCCUGACGAAAGCCAGGGGCCAAAUAUGGUGAUCCAUGUGUGCGAUGAAGCAAAAAACCUCAAAGAAGAUUUUGUGUGUCCUCGAGACCUUUUGAUUUCAGAAAUGAAGUACUUUGCUGAAUAUCUGUCAGUGGAUGCCCAGCGCUGGGAAGAGGUGGACAUUUCAGUGCACUGUGACGUUCACAUCUUUGACUGGUUGAUAAGAUACGUUAAAAGGAACACUAAAGAUUCUGAAGCUAAUGAAAUGCCCACUUUAGAACCAUCAAAUGUCAUAUCAAUUCUUAUUUCUUCUGAGUUUUUGAAGAUGGAUUCAUUAGUAGAAAAAUGUAUUCGUUAUUGUCACAAAAAUAUGAAUGCUAUUGUAGCCACGCCAUGUAACAUGAAUUGUAUCAAUGCUAAUCUUGUUACGCACAUUGCUGAUCUCUUCACGCACAAUGAAGUGGAAGAGCUGAAGGACAAAAGAGACAAAUUUAAGAGUAAACUUUUCUGCAAGAAGAUUGAGAGACUGUUUGAUCCGGAGUACCUAAAUCCAGAUUCUCGAGGAAAUGCAGCAACAUUAUACAGGUGUUGUUUAUGUAAAAAGCUGCUAACUAAAGAAACGGAAAGAAGAAUUCCAUGUGUACCAGGAAAAAUCAACAUAGAUCAACAUGGGAAUAUUGUCUAUGUUCAUAUAAGAGACAAAACCUGGGAAGUCCAUGAGUACUUAAUUGGCCUUCAUGAGGAAUUGAAAUCUUGGCGGGAUGUUUAUUGGCGUCUUUGGGGGACUGUCAAUUGGUUGACCUGCUCAAGAUGUAACCAAUCUUUCCUGUGUACUGAAUUCUCCCAUUGCCAGUACCAUUCGCAGUCAGUUCUUUAUCCAGGUGUAGCAAGUGCUCUGGGCUCCACUGGGACAGGAGUGUAUCCCUGUUGUAACCAAAAAGUACUUCGAUUUGAUCCUACAACCCUCCCAAAGGGCUGCAAAGUGAGGGAUCACAUGGUUGAUUUACCUUCAGGAAAUGAAGAUGGGGAUGCUUCGCCAUCUCAAACUACUAAAAUAUUGAAUGACCUGCUUCAUCAUAGAGAUGUUAUUGUUGUUCCUUUCACUAAGGAUGAGAAUAGUGAUUCUGGUAUUGGGCUCUGUGAUGAAAAAGGCAUUGAAUGUGAUGUGCUUGUAGAACCAAAUACACCGUGGGGUCCCAAAACUGGAGAAAUCAAUGCUUUUCUUUCUCUGAAGAACUGGACUUUACAGCUGAAACAGCAGUCACUGUUGUCUGAAGAAGAGGAGUAUACCACUGGCUCGGAGGUCACUGAGGAUGAAGUGGGGAUGAAGAAGAACUAUGCAGGAAACCAGGUACAACAAGAGAAAUUAAAGAAAUCCUACAAGCACCCAAAGAAAGUGGUUUCUUCACCUAGUGUUCAGAAAAAGGAGAAGCCAUCUGAUAAGUCAAGUUCCCGAGAUGCAUCUCCAUUCAUUGUGAGUAUGCAGCAGAACAAAUGGGAUGCCUCAAGGUCACUAAGAUUCAACCAAGAUGCUCAAAGAGAAGAUGAUCAGAGAAGAAUGUCUGAGAUUACAGGGCACUUAAUAAAAAUGAGACUGGGAGACCUUGAUCGAGUCAAGUCAAAAGACAGCAAAGAAUAUGCAGGAGGCAUUUAUUCCAGACUUGAAGCUCAGAUAAAGGCCUCAGCGCAGGUCAGUGCACGACAAAACAAUGCUGAGAAGAAUGCCAGGUCAAAAUCCCGUUUUGGUCAAGGCCGUCCCACAUAAGGACUCAUGAAAAAACUUUAGCCAGAAUUCAUUACUGCUUCCUGAAACUGUACUGCACUCUGACGUACGGAGAAUGCACAUCUCUGAAAGCUUUCCAGUGACUUAUUUAUUACUUUAAGCCUUGUAAAUUAUUUUGUGUGAUAAAUGAAUGCAAAUCCAAUAAGGUCUGUACUUAUUUUAAUUGUAAAUAUACUAUUUCUUAAAUUUAAAUUUAAUUGCUUUUUUAGGCUAUUGUGUUAAGUUGCAUAGAAAAUAUUUUAUAAAUCUACAAAGUUAAAUUAUCAGACUAACUAUAUUUAUGGGGGAAGACAUAAAUACGCCUUUUAGUAUGGUAGAAAUACUGAAAAGGAAAAAGCAAGACUACUGAAUUCUGAAUACAGUCAGCAGCAUUAACACAAGUCGCCUAGUGUAUUUCUAUUGUGCAGUAUUUGAUUGUACAUUUUAGGUCAGUGCUCUGGGGAUUUGCAUUUAAAGUCCAUGACAAUACCUGUGGCUUAGACUAGUUUAAGCAAAAUUUUAAUGCAGUUCUGAGGCUUCCUUCUGUAUAUCACACAACUCCCAUUCGUGUGAAGGUGGGUAGCAGGUAGAGACUAGACCUCCAAAGAUAAUACAAACGCCAUGAUUAUGCAGAAUUGCAUCUUGCACGUGAAACGCUUGCUUUACUUGUAUGUGAAAGUAAUACUCAUUCCCAUUCUGUAUCUGACUCCUCUUGCACAAUACAGUGUUUUGUUCCCUUCUAACAUCCAGACCUUAGGACGCAAAGCAGUUCUCUCUCUUAAUGAUGCUAUGCCACUAAAUUUCCGAGCAGAUAUGCUAUGAAUUCUGCAUCUUCCAACGGAGAUGUAUCGUUAUGAAGAUUUGUGCAUGUAGAUCUUUUGGGUCUAGUUACUUUCUGAAACCUGCCUGAAUAAUAUUGGUUAGAAGUCAGAUGCACUUUCAAGUUCUGUAUUUGGAGCAAUAGAAUACAAGUUUGUCUACAUGUAAAAUCCAGGGCUACCAAAAUGAAAUAACUUGCCUAGAAAAUAUGUCGCAUAUUAGCAAAGAAAAUGGCAAUAAUGGCAAUAAUAAUGGCUGAAUUCAAGUAAACACAUUCUGACUUUUUGAAACAGGUAGAAAGAGCGCUCAGGGAAAGCUUAUUCCAGGCCACGGCUGUACAAUAAAUUGUGAGUUUGGAAUUAAGUCAGCAUGAU